AUACCAACUCUUUCUUAGCAAACUUUUUUUUCUCCACAUUGCAAAAAAGAAACUUUUUUUCUUCUCUUUUUUGUUCUAAAUGAUAAAUAUUAAUUAAGCUCAAAAGGGGGCUUUUUUUUUUCUUUCUUCUAAGUUAUAUAAGUUAAUUUUUUUGGUCAUGGAAGAUAGGCUAUACAAAAGUCCAUUUUUUCACAAACAAGAAGAUUCCACCGGAACUCCACCGGAUAAUGCUGAUGAUUCUUGUUUUUCCGGCGAUGAAGCAGCUGAAGUUAGCAUGCCAUCACCUAGAAAAAGUAGGAGAGGAGCAAAGAAGAAAGUAAUUUCAGUGCCAAUAAUUGAAGCUGAUGGAUCAAGAAGUAAAGGGGAAGUUUAUCCACCACAAGAUUCUUGGUCUUGGAGAAAAUAUGGACAAAAGCCAAUUAAAGGAUCACCUUAUCCCAGGGGAUAUUAUCGAUGCAGUAGUUCCAAAGGCUGUCCCGCCAGAAAACAAGUCGAGCGUAGCCGCCUGGACCCCACCAUGCUCCUCAUUACCUAUUGCUCCGAACACAACCACCAAAUUCCGGCCGCCGCCGCCACCAAACACCACAACCACCACCACCCUACUACCACCACUACCCCGGUCAACAGUUCACCUACCACCUCUACCGGCACCGCCGGAGACAACAAUACUGCAGCAGCGGCGGUGGAUGCUGCCGUACUUGACAAAUCGUCUCCGGAAGAACCGGAUCUAUAUACUUAUCAACACGAUAAUGGAUUCUCGGAUCUCGCCGGUGAGUUAGGUUGGUUUUCCGAUAUGGGAACUACUACAUUGAUGGAGAGCACGUCGUCGUCAAUGGUGGGAUCCACGUGGAACGAUAGUGACGUGGCUCUAAUGUUGCCAAUUCGGGAGGAGGACCAGUCGUUGUUCGGUGAUCUCGGGGAAUUGCCGGAAUGUUCAGUUGUUUUCCGGCGGUACAGUGUGGAAACUCCCUGUUGCGGCGGUACAGGAUAACGAAGCAUGUGUCAAAUUUUUCAUUCGAAAAAAAUUCCUUUUUUUUUUGGUUCCACGUAAUUCAUGACCUUUUUUAAUUUUAUUUUGAUGUAAAGAUCUGGUAGAUGAAGAAAAACCAAGAAAAAAAGAGUAGAAAAUAUACUUUUGAUUUGAUUUUUACUUGAAGCAUUGAGCUCCUUUUGGUAAA